UUUGACGUUUCAUUACGAAACCUGCCAAAACUCGCACUCAGCGAAAAAUUUAUAGCAAUUAUAUUGCGUAGAAUAUAAGUGUAGCAAGAUGACUUCGGUAGCAAGGGCUGGACAUUUAGCCCCAUAUUUCAAGGCUACAUCCCAAGUGGUGGCUAAUGGCUUGAAGCCCGUUGUCUCAGUCCUAACUCCCGUUGACAAACUGGUCGUUCAAACUCUCCCCAAGACAUCAACUGUCCAAUCUUUGCAUGGAGCUCUGCCUAUUCAGGGUUUGAAAGUUAAGCAUACAACUAACCUGCCCACUCAGGUUCGUUUCGCGCACUCCGAUAUCGCAUACCCUGACUUCUCAGCGUAUCGUCGCAAGGACACCCUAGACCCUAAGUCGAAGGCCAAGGAUAAUGUUGACACCCGUAACUCUUUCACAUACCUUAUUGCUGGAGCUGGAGGUGUGGCUGGAGCAUAUGCUGCGAAAUCUGUGGUCACACACUUUGUGUCCUCAAUGGCGGCUGCCGCUGACGUGCUCGCCUUAGCCAAGAUCGAGAUUAACCUCGCUGAGAUACCCGAGGGCAAGUCUGUCACUUUCAAGUGGCGUGGCAAACCGCUAUUUAUUCGUCACAGGACAGCAGAAGAGAUCAGCACAGAAAAAGCGGUACCACUUGAUCAACUUCGUGACCCUGAACCCGACGAGAGUAGAGCCCAGGACCCAGAGUGGCUUGUCGUAAUCGGUGUGUGCACUCACUUGGGUUGUGUGCCCAUUGCUAACGCUGGAGACUUUGGUGGCUACUACUGCCCCUGCCACGGCUCCCAUUACGAUGCAUCUGGACGUAUCCGCAAAGGCCCCGCUCCCCUCAACCUAGAAAUUCCCCCUUACAACUUUGUUGAAGGAGGUCUCUUGGUAGUAGGUUAAGCGAUAUUUAUUAGACAAUUUAUUUAAAAAACAUCAUCAAUAGUGAU